GCCAAAGGCAGAAGAAGAAACGACCCGAGUUUUGGCGUCACGGAACUAGCCAGCAAGCUCUCGGUUCCGUCCUGUUUCUCCUCCCUCGAUGCAAGACCUGCGGUUUCUCCGCUGUAUUCUCUACUUCUGCACCGCGUGCAACAUUUUUUGGGUCACUGCAAGCAUCGCUUCUCUCAGUAGGGGACUCAACGAGGAAGAAGACAUCUUCCACAUUAUCGAUGGCGUCGGAUGUGCCCUCAACCUUGUCAGCGACGUAACCAUGCUCCAUGCGUUGAGAAACCCGAGUCAGGCAAAGCAGAUGUUUGGACUGUUCCUCAUCUGGAACACCUUGUCUACCUGCGGCUGCUACGUCACAGACCUGUUCUUCAGUUACUUCUUGAGCAAGAACAUGAAACUUGAAGAAGACGAGUUGCGAGACACGGAUGAAAAAUCGUAUCGAACCAUGUCUUUCUACGGCCUCGCAAUAAUCGACACGGUGAUUUUUCUUGUAAAGGGCUGUAUCCUGUACGCUUUGUACCAGGUCUACCAGAACUACGAUCGCAUCGUGGACAACGAAGAACAGAACCUCGCUCCGCAGCCCGGAAUAUUCUCCAAUGCGCCGCCGGUUGCAUAUCGGUUCCAACCCGGAAGCCAAUCCGGGGUUCCGGUCAUGCCUACCGGGCCAGCGUUGCUCGCGGCUCCCGCGUCUUGUGAAUACCCAAAAAUGAAUCCGGGCCCGGCGGGCUUUCCCAGUACAAGGUCUGCUUGGUCAGGGAUGCAGCGAUCAUCAGCACACCCGCACCGUGCAGCCGUUCAGAAACCUCACCUGCCAGAACAGCAGCAACCAGCUCCUUCCACGCAGCCCCAGUAUUUUUCUUCCAGUGGAAUAGUGCACGUGCCUUGCUGCUCCGCAACCCAGCCCCAACUGACGGUGGCCCAACCAGCGAUGGGCCAGGGCGCGAUUGCCGAAGCGACAGCGACGGAAGCCGAGGACACCGAAUGUCCUCCGCGUAAAACGGGAACGCCGGAAGCGCCGUCAUCUGGUCCAUGCACUCCUAACCAAGCGAGUUCAAAACAAGAAGCGCAAGCCGAGACAAAGCCGGCCACAGCGGCGCCUUCUGUUGAUAAGGUACCCGAUGCUGCGGGCUCGCGGCUGUCGCCGUCUGCACAAGCAGCGCGGACUCUAUCAACGAUCAAUGAAAAUACACGCACUCAAAACGUUGCAAAGGCUGCAUCCGCCGGUUCCGUGCAUAUCUCGGGUGCCGCGUCUCAAGAGACGCUGCCGGGUGAUAAACCUCGCCGAAGUUCUUCACGGCGAAGCAUGGCGGCCCGAUCAGUGCCUAAAGAUUUAACAGCGAAGCACGGCGGCCGGAUCUGCGCUGAAAUCUGACCAGUCGCGGCCAGAUUUUGCAGAUGCCUAGCGACCAUCGGGCUGAGCUGCCGAAUGUAAACGCCGGCUCAAUGCCAUGAAGCGACAUCUGCGACGGCGAGAGAACUGAAAUAACGCAAUCACAUGUAGUUUUUCUGUCUUCUUUUUCUUUUUGUUAUACCAUGCAGAAAAGCUGCCUGUGGCAGAAAGCAUAAUCGUAGUGUUUAUCUGAAAUCUAUUCGAAGCUGCGGACAUUACUCACAUGAGAAAUCGAAAUGUCAAAUCGGCUAAUCGCCAAAAUAUCCCUAAUUAAUGUUUCAUCUAAUUAAUUUACGGCACAUAUAGCGAUUUACGAAUUGUAGCCGGUUGGAUUGCAAAGCAGAUCCACCUGGAACGCCUUCUAAAGAUUGCACGUGUUUCGAGAUAUUCGUCCCAGACAGAUUGAGAUUCCUGUAUCAGCUGCAUACUGGAAUCUUAAUUUAUAUCCGUCUUUCCGUUUGCGCCAUCCGGACAAUAUAUCGCCGUGAAAUAAUCAUCCUUAUGCAAUUUUAACCUACGCUUACAAGAGUUGAUGUAUUCAAGUUUUCUCCUUUCUUUUGCCACGUACGAUUUCCUGUGGAACAAGCUCAAUUAUGACGUGUUGAAAUUGAUGUGUUGCAAAUAAAAUUUGGAAUUUAUUCA